AUGGACUACUCGGUACCGCAGCCGACGAUCACAUACCGGCACCUCGUCAGCGCUGGCAGUCUGAACGCUGCCAAUCCGCUACGGGUCGUGUCUCUCUGCGAUAUCGACGCAGCAUACGCGGCUUUCGAGGCAAAGCGACUCGGCAUCGAUCCCUUUGUGACGCCUGUGGCAGUACAGCAAUGGCAGGGCCUCAUCGCAGUCAGCUACGCAGCACGAGCUUACGGCAUCACCCGACACGAGGACAUAGAUGCUGCCCGCAAGAAGUGCCCCAAUCUCGUGGCAGUCCACGUAGCCACAUACGCCGAAGGAGCUCAGAAAGCAGAGUACAACGAAAACCCCAGGUCAGAGACGCACAAGGUCUCACUCGACCCGUACCGCAGGGAAAGUCGGAAGGUCGUGGCCAUCUUCAACGAGAUGUGCCCGCUAGGAGCAAUUGAGAAGGCAUCCAUUGACGAGAUGUACUGCGACUUGACCCUUGCUGUGAGGCAGGUCAUUCUGCAGCGAUUUCCUCAUCUCGCGAAGCCACCAGCGGACUCGCCUGACGGACUCGAUACGCCCUUGCCGGAGCCGCCGAAGAUCGACUGGACCAAUCUUGGACAUCGUAUGCCGACAGAGGAUCCGAUAGCCACAGAGUCAGCAGGCGAAACCGAUGCGACUGCUUCAGAGGCUCCCUCCAUCGAGCCAGCAGCCAAUUGGACAGACUACGCCCUCGCCUGCGGGGCCGAGCUCAUCUACAAAGUGCGCUCCGCUGUACUGGAUCGCCUGGGCUACACCAUGUCAGCCGGUAUCGCCUCGAACAAGACCCUCGCCAAGCUUUGCGCAGGCGAACGUAAGCCCAACAACCAAACAGUCAUGCCCACCUCGGCGGUUCCUGUCUAUCUGAAGAACCUGCCCUUCCAGAAGAUCCGCUUCCUCGGCGGCAAGCUUGGAGACGCAAUUGCGAGCGAGUGGGCAAGCUCCACGGUGGGCGACCUCUGGAGUGUUCCCCUGGCAGAGAUGCAGACCAAAUUUGGAGAUGAGUCUCGCUGGGUGUACGACGUGCUGCGCGGCAUCGACCACUCUGCCGUGAUUGAGCGGACCAAGAACAAGACAAUGCUGGCCUCGAAGAAUGUCAAGCCGCCCAUCCGUACUACGGCCGAAGCGACUCGCUGGCUCAGCAUCCUCUCGCUGGAGCUCUGUGUCCGUCUGAGGGAGGCGAGGGAGGAGGCGCCAAAUCUCUGGCCAUCGACGCUGGUGCUACGCUUCCUCAAGCCAUUUGAGACGGCCAGGAGCAGGCAGGCGGCUUUUCCCUACGUGAGGGACUUUCAGCCGCAGCACAUCCUCAAUGCCGCGGAGAAGCUGUGGGCGGAGGCACUCGGCGAGCAGGCGGUUGCGACGAACUUGGAAGUCAUCACGAUUGCGCUUGGCUUUUCGGGGCUGGAAGCAGGGGAGCAAGGACAACGGAGUAUCGAAGGGUUCUUUGCCGGUGGGCCAGCGGCAAAUGCUCCUCGUCGUCUUCCCGUGCAGAGUAGUGAAGCGGGGCCAAGCAAGGCCGCGGCUGCUGCUGAGGAGGGCGCGGCGGUCGCUGUGGGGACAAAGCGCUCAGAGCCAGAUGCUAGGGCGCCAUCGCCGCUGGAAACAAAGGUGACGGCUGCAACGGCUCCGACGUCAAUGAGCCCGCCGCCGCCCACCGCAGUGCGUAAGACGAAGAAGGCCAAGCCCAAUGGUCUCGUCUCCCUCUUUCAGAAGGCGGCGGCCAGUCAAAUGCAAGCGUCGCAAUCGCGACCAGCCGCCGAGCAUGACGCUGGCAGUGGGCACGCUACUUCGACAGCAACUGAAGCAGCAGCCCCGCAACACCCGGGCAAGGAAGGGCUCGGCGCUGAUCGUGCACCGCUUCCUAGUGAUGGGGGCAGACCGAGUGCCGAGCCCGUACCUCCGGAUCCUGCUCCUCGCCCACCACCAUCUUGGGUCUGUCCCUCAUGCUCACAACGCAUCUACCCGCGGCCACGUCCAACUCCUUCUGCUCCGACCCUCGACAACCCGCAAGAGGAUCACGACGGCGAGGAUGGGGCAGAGGAAGAGCAACGACGCCUUCGUCUUGCACAGCAGGAUCACGAGGACUAUCAUUUCGCCAUGGAGCUACAGCGCGAGGACGGGCGAGCAUUGAUGCCUGUUGGGAGCUUGUCGUCGCAGCAGGUGCCGGGGUCAUCGCAAAGAGGCCCGCCAGCGUCGCAACGAGGGCCGCCUUCUUCGCAGAGAGGCAAGGGGCAGAGCAAGAAGAACGCUCGACCCGUUGGAGACUUCUUCAAGAGAAGAGGUGGGGGUGCCAGCUGA